GGAGGUGGAGUGUGGAGGGGCUCCUCCCAGAUGCUGGGGUUAGAUGACUACUUCAUGACGGAGGUGGAGAAGGUGGAGAAGGAACCAGAAACAGGGAAACGGGUCAAACUCAAGUGUCUGGAAUACGAGUAUGAAGCCGAGAUGGAAGACACGUACAGGAACAGUAUGRUAAAGACYUUCAGGAAGACCCUCGACGACGGCUUCUUCCCCUUCCUCAUCAUCGACGCUAUCAAUGACAGGGUUAAAUACUUUGAUCAGUUCUGGAGUGCUGCCAAGACUAAAGGCUUCGAGGUGUACUUGGCUGAGAUCACUGCAGACAAUCAGACUUGUGCUAAAAGAAAUGCCCACGGACGGAAGAUUAAGGACAUUCAAAAGAUGUCCAGUAACUGGGAGUCGUCUCCACGUCACAUGGUGCGCCUGGAUAUCCGUUCCCUGCUUCAGGACGCUGCUAUUGAGGAGGUUGAGAUGGAAAGACUAAAUCCUGAUGAUGCGCCGCUGAUGGAGCCCAAGAAGGAGAGGAGGAGAAGAUAUUAAGGGUUACAUUCCACAAAGCAAAUGGGAGAUGGACACUUCUGAUGCCAAACUCGACAAGCUGGACGGCUUGGUGAUGGGGGGGAAGAGGAAGAGGGAGGGAGACGAUGUGGCAGGCAUGGAUGACUUUCUUCAGCUGCCGGACGACUACGCCACACGCCACUCUGAACCCGGCAAGAAGAGGGUUCGCUGGGCUGACCUGGAAGAGCAGAAGGAUGCAGAACGCAAGCGUGAUAUCGGCUUUGUGGUGGGUCAAACGGACUGGGAGAAAAUCACCGACCAGAGCGGACAGAUAGCUCAGAGAGCUCUCAACCGCACUAAGUAUUUCUAAAAACACAAGAUCGUUGCCCUCACCCCGUGCUUCUUGAUUUAUAGGUCUGCAGACUGUGAAUAUGCUUAACCCGUUUCUCGAAAAACAAAGUCACGAAGACUACUCAUUCUACCUGUUGACUUUUAGGAGAUCCAUAGUUGUUUAUUCCAUUAUUAGAAUACAGGAUAGCUUUAUCUUGCGUUUAUAAAAAAAUAUAUAUAUAAUAAUAAUUCUUGAUCUUCAAUUUGAGUAUUUUUAGUUGUUUUUUCUUCAUCCUUUCAAUGGUAGAAUUCAUGCACCAGUCGAGCUUUGCUUCUCAUUUUAUACUGUAAUGUCUUCCUGUAUGUUAGCACUGUUGCUUAUUUUAUUAAAUAAACUGAAGAAACAAUAAAAGUUUCACACACACACAA